AGUCACCCCCGAGCGGCGAACUACUUCACGCUUCACAACAUCAACAAUCCCUCCUCCUUCAUCUUACUUCCACCACACCACACCCGACAACAAUACAACCACCACAACACCCGUCCGGUUAAUAACAACAACCACAACAAUUAUCACCGCUACAACCACCACCACCACCAUAACCACCACAACGACAACAGUGACCACAGAUGGAGGAGACACCGCCCGCCCAGCGCCGCAAGCGACCGGCAGCCGUCUACGGAAAAUCGGCUAGGAAGCGAUUCUCGGCGAUUGACGACAUCUUCCUAUCGUCGAGCUCAACGUCUCGGGCAGGAGGAGGGGAGGGCAUGGGGGGAAGAGUGGGUAAACCAGCAGCUCGAGCAGCCAACAAGAAGCCGACCUCCGAGAGCGACGAUGGAACUGCGACACAGCUGCGGAUCGAGAAGGAAUUGUCGCAGGAGCAUGCCCGUGAGGACGAGAUGAAGGUGUUCGAUUUCCCCUCCAGCGACGAGGCCGAGGAUGCGCAGGCCGCUGUUCGCACGUUAAAGCGCAAACGCGUCCCCACUACUACCACCACUAUCACCACCACCACCGCCCCCGCCGCCGCCGCAGGCAAGACCGCGAAGAGCAAGACUACAACUACAACCAAAACCACCACCGCCGCCGCCGCCGCGACCACCGCCGUCCCGGUCAAGAGAGCUAGCACCACCGAGGCGGAUAAUAUGGCUACGAGGAAUAAACGCACCACGCGCGUGAAGCUGGAGGAGCCGAGUACGAAUAAGCUUACCUCUACUGCGAAGAUUACAAAGGUUGCGAGACGAGCGGCGCCGCCGGCAAAGAAGAAGGAGAGUGCCAUGGAGAAGGAGGAGGUGCAACCGGAGAGGAUGGAGGUUGAGGACGAGAAGGUUGUGGCGCCGCCGAAGCGCACGCGCGUGAUGCGUACGCAGUCUCACCAACCUGAGGAGAAGCCGGCUGUGACCGCCGAGAAGCCGAGCGCGUCGCAGGACCGCAAGCAGAGGCCAUCAAGGAAUAUCGAGAUUGUCGUUGCUAGUCCUCGACACAAGGCCGCACAGAAGCCUAAGCCGGCGGUUGAGAAAGCGAUGACCGAGAAGCCGACGAACGAGAAGAUGAAGGCGCCGAAGCUGCAGAAAUCGAAGCUAGCGAAGACGGACAGUCUGAAGACCGUUCCGGAGGAGACGAAUACGGUGCCCGUGACAGCUGCGAAGAAACCUAAGGCCGCUCGGAAAGACGCUGUAGCUGCUGUGAAGAAGCCUAAGGCCGCUCGGAAGGACGCUACAGCUGCUGUGAAGUCGAAGAGAGAUAGUCCACCAACCGACUCGAUCUUCGGGCUUUUUACGGAGGAAAUUACCCCAGUAGUGCGUCGCAAGAGGCUUAUUGAUACUCUUGGAGCCAGCGACGCUACCGAGGGGCCACGGAAGAAGAGCCGCUCGCCAUCUCAGGAUCUCGGCGGUCCUAUUGCUCGACCGAAAUCAGGCUCGACCUCCCAGGAAUCUUCGCAGGAGAUCCUAGUCACUGGUUUACAGAGACAGAUGAACGAUGGCGCUCGCGUCACAUAUGCCCGACAGAGGUCAUACAGGAUGGAAGAGCCCGGUAGUCUGGAGGACCUGCUGAAUAUCCCUCUUCCCGAUAUCACGUCUAUGCAGAGCGGAAGACGCCGUCUUGAGUACCCCGCGCCGUCUACCACCAUCGAGAAGACCAGUACGAAAGCGCCAAUUGGGCAUCCGGCGGUAAUGAGCGUCCACGAGAUGAAGGUGACCGGAGAACAAACUAUGUUUCUUGACGAUGUUGAGUACCUUUUCGAUGGCCUCGAAGGAAGCCUCGAAUCUAGACGAACCGGAUACUUCGAGUUGGUCAAGAAGCUAGCCAACAAGGAUUUCAAUCAGAAGUUUCGCAGAAACUCAUUCGAUGAACGACUCCUGGUCAAGAUGGACCAACAGACCGAUGAGAUGAUCUUGUGCGCGCUCGGCUAUCUCGUUCUCGGCUUUAUCAAGAACGAUCCAACGCCUCGGAUCAUGUUUUAUGUCACUAAAAACGGUGUUAUGCCGAUGUUGACGAAGAUGCUGGGAUCGUCUAAGGACGUAUCCGCACUCGCUCAGGAUGAGAAGAUUAAGUUGUCGAAGUUUGCAACCGAGGAUCUCAACGACCUUCGUGCUAUGAUUGAGAAAUCUGGAGUUUUGGGCAAGGGCGUCAACACAAUAUCUUUGCAGCUGAUUGCGCUGCAAAUCCUGGACCUACUGGUCAGGAAAUUUCGGAGCCACGGAAGCACCAGCGAGAUAUUGUCCAAGGGCGUGCUGCGGGGCUUGUUGAACAUCCUCAGUCCGUUUGCGACUUCAAAACAAUAUCCCAAGAGCCUUAAGAUACGCGGACCGUAUGCUCUGGAGCUUCCAAUUUCGAUCCUCGAGGCAUACACCAUGGGUGGAUGCGGAUCACUCGAGAUGCAGGUCGCGGCGGACAAGUUGGUUGUUCUAGCCAACCUUCUCCCGGCUAUGCGCGGGUGGGGCUGCGACGAGAAGCUGCGCGAUUCGUUGUUGCUGCUGCUCCGUUUGCACAUCAACAUCACCAACAAUGUCCCGGUCGUGUGCGAUAUCUUUGCGGAGUCUUCGAUUAUCUGCAGCCUGGUUGCUAUAAUCAAGGAGAUGUUCCAGGCGUUGUCCGGAAACCUCGAGGAGUUGCAGCGACUUAUCUCCGUGGACUUUCUUGUCCUGAGCUUGGGACUGAUGCUGAAUUUCGCCGAGUUCUCUUCGAAGGCGAGGGCGGCGGUUGGCGAUAGAGUGGUGGAGUCCAUCGAAGGGACUCCCCUGGCAAUCGAUGUUCUCCUAGAUAUUUUCCUGGAGAACCAGGAGCGUAUCGCGGAGGCGGACUCAAUGGAAGCCUCGCACACGAACGUGGCCUUCGGAUAUCUGGCAGUUCUCCUGGGGGACCUCAGCCAAGAGGACCACAUCCGCUACCGGAUGCGCGGGCGGCUCCCCAACUCGAGUCUGAAGUGUGUCCUGACCGCGGUCGAGGAGUUCAUCGCCCACCACCGCAAGGUGGACGCGGCCAUGUUCGGCACUGAGGACGACGACGACGAAGACCUGGCCAAUGCCGCCGCCCAGAACCCUGACAUGGAGGCGAGCACGGCAAGGCUCCAACAUGUCGCGAUCCGGCUUCGCGCUUACGCGUGAUCCCUCCACGGGGAUCAUGCGUAAGGCACGAGCGGAGCGGUCGCGACUGUUUUUUUUUUUGUAUGUUUUAUUUGGGUGGCUACCAGUACUUCUAUGAAUACAUGUAUUUUUUUUUCUUUCUUGUUUUUUAUUCUUUGGGCAAGGCAGAUGGAGUUGAAU